CUUCUCUCUCAAACUAUUUUGUUCACGACAAUGAAAACAAGUUCCAUUCAAUAAUCCACUGAGCACGAGUCCUUUGCUGUGACGAUCGUGAUAUAAUCCGACUGUUGACUUACUUUAUGGGAGACUUUUAGGCCCUAUUCGCCAUGUCUCAAGUUUCAUUAUCAGCUCAGUACCUUGCGUCUGCUAGGCCCUCUGGAGCCGCACCACCCUCGAUUUCGGGUACUCCCAGGCCCGUCCCCACUUCAACUGGAAAUCCUUCUCAGGCAUCUGCAAGACCGCCAUAUCGACCUAAUAUCAAUGUCCCGAAAAGAUCAAACGAUGAUGUUUUCGCCAGAAGCAAGGUGCCCCAAACGCCGACAACUUCGUCUUCACAGGUGGGUAAUGACAGUAUAUCAGGAGCGGGGGCAGAGAAGAAGAAGAAGGAAGAUAGCUUGAGGGGAACUAUGCGUAAUGAGAUUGCAAAGUUGAUGUAUGGUGCUGGUGAUGUGGCCGAUCCGGAUAUUGAUACUGUUGAUUAUAUGGAGGACAUGGUUGUCGAGUUCCUAUCGGAUCUCUGUCGACCAGUGCCUCCUAUCCGAUCAAAUCCUUCACAACCUCAUCAACCUGUACCUCUCUCUGGUGAGGUUGUGCGGCACCGCCUAGCUACUACGCCUAUGCUUCACAAGUACCUGGCGCGUUUUGACCAUAUGGUCCACAUGGCCGAUGUUUUGAAGGCUCACAGGCGUGUCGCUGAUCCGUCCCUCAAGGAUCUUGUCGAUCAAGUCGGUAACGAUUACCUUGGAUUGAACGAGCACGGCGUGCCUACUGGUACUGGAGACGCAGGUGCUGCUGGGGCCGGCGGCGUCGGUAGGCAGAAGAGGCCGGCAGAAGGAGAAGGAGAGGAUGCGCCGAAGAAGAAGGGUAGGCCACCCAAGCCACCGGGAGAGAGGAAGAAACCUGGUCCUCAAAAGGGCUGGAAAUUAAAUAGAGAUCCGAACGCACCACCUGUCAAGAAGCUUCCGAGAGAUCCAAAUGCGCCAAAGAGAAAGUACGUGAGGAAAGCUCCGUUGAAGAGUCAGAUGGGAACACCUACUGCAAGCAGUGGAGUAUGAUGAUUUGUGGAAAGGAUGAAGAAAAUACUGGUUGUAGAUGUGGUUGUACUAGAUUGUAUAAGAGUCAUGACACUGUGAUGAACAACUCUGCUUGUAAUGAAUGCAUGGGGUGUGUGUGAU